AUGUUCCUGAAGACCCACAAGACAGCCAGCAGCACUGUUCUCAACAUGCUUUACCGAUACGGAGAGGUAGACUACUUUAUCUUCAGUUUGGCUUUCCUUCAGCAAACCUCUUUUUGUGUUAUAUUGUACCAUUUAUUUAGUUUUUUUGAAAGCAGCUUCAAAUCCAUUGUCUUCUUCCUGUUCUUGUUGUUCUUCUUCUAGGAGAGGGAUCUGUGCUUCGCCCUGCCUCUGGGGUACCAGUUUGGCUACCCCCUCCCCUUCAACGCACACAGGGUCAAAGGUUAUAGAGGGCCCCACGUGGCCGAGUUCAGCAUCAUGGGAAACCACAUGCGCUUCAACAAACCAGAGGUACGUGCUUUAAAUUAUUAAUUGUGCAUUUCUAUAUUUUCUUCCAAUGUGUAUUUAUUGAGGUUUUUGAACAGCAAAGAAUGUACUAACAAACAAACCAAAAACAGGGCAAGACACAAGAUCAAUUGUAUUGUAUUUUUUCCUAUAUUCAUGUGUAUGUGAGGACAUUUUUUAUUCUAUAUUUACACGUUGGCCUAUUAUUUAUUGAGGAAACAAACAAAACCACAGGACAGAAGGAUUCAUUUUUUUUUUUUUUUACGUUAGCUUAACACAUAUUAUUAUUUGCAUGGAGCUGAUGAUAUCUUUUGUAGGUUUGGCAGGUUCCCUUGUGUUUUGUUAACUGCUUCUGUUGUUGGCAAAGAAAAGGACAGUGACAGUUGUAGGUGAACGUUUCAACAGGUUGGAGCAAGUAUGUGGACACCUGCUCGUCGAACAUCUCAUUCCAAAAUCCAUCGGAUUGCCAGAUGGUGAAACUCGGUAGUGAGUGUUGCAACCGAGGACAGAUGAUUUUUACGCGCUACACGCUUCAGCACUCGGCGGUCCCGUUCUGUGAGCUUGUGUGGCCUACCAAUUCGCGGCUGAGCCGUUGUUGCUCCUAGAUGUUUCCACUUCACAAUAACAGCACUUACAGUUGACCGGGGCAGCUGUAGCAGGGCAGAAAUUUGAUGAACUGACUUGUUGGAAAGGUGGUAUCCUAUGACGAUGCCAUGUUUAAAGUCACUGAGCUCUUCAGUAAGGCCAUUCUACUGCCAAUGUUUGUCUAUUGAGAUUACAUGACUGUGCUCGAUUUCAUACACCUGUCAGCAACGGGUGUGGCUGAAAUAGCCAAAUCCACUCAUUUUAAUGGGUGUCCACAUACUUUUGUAUAUCCGUGUGUCACAAAAUUAGAAUAUUACUUAAGGCUAAUACAAAAAAGGGAUUUUUUAGAAAUGUUGGCCAACUGAAAAGUAUGAAAAUGAAAAAUAUGAGCAUGUACAAUACUCAAUACUUGGUUGGAGCUCCUUUUGCCUCAAUUACUGCAUUAAUGCGGCGUGGCAUGGAGUCGAUGAGUUUCUGGCACUGCUCAGGUGUUAUGAGAGCCCAGGUUGCUCUGAUAGUGGCCUUCAACUCUUCUGCGUUGUUGGGUCUGGCAUUCUGCAUCUUCCUUUUCACAAUACCCCACAGAUUUUCUAUGGGGCUAAGGUCAGGGGAGUUGGCUGGCCAAUUUAGAACAGAAAUACCAUGGUCCGUAAACCAGGCACGGGUAGAUUUUGCGCUGUGUGCAGGCGCCAAGUCCUGUUGGAACCUGAAAUCUCCAUCUCCAUAGAGCAGGUCAGCAGCAGGAAGCAUGAAGUGCUCUAAAACUUGCUGGUAGACGGCUGCGUUGACCCUUGAUCUCAGGAAACAGAGUGGACCGACACCAGCAGAUGACAUGGCACCCCAAACCAUCACUGAUGGUGGAAACUUUACACUAGACUUCAGGCAACGUGGAUCCUGUGCCUCUCCUGUCUUCCUCCAGACUCUGGGACCUCGAUUUCCAAAGGAAAUGCAAAAUUUGCUUUCGUCAGAAAACAUGACUUUAGACCACUCAGCAGCAGUCCAGCUCUUUUUUUCCUUAGCCCAGGUGAGACGCUUUUCGCGCUGUUUCUUGGUCAACAGUGGCUUGACACGAGGUAUGCGGCAGUUGAAACCCAUGUCUUUCAAGCGUCUCUUGGUGGUGGAUCUUGAAGCCCUGACUCCAGCGGCUGUCCACUCCUUGUGAAUCUCCCCCACAUUUUUGAAUGGGUUUUUUUUCACAAUCUUGACUAGGGCGCGGUGAUCCCUAUCGCUUGUACACUUUUUCUGACCACAGUUUUUCCUUCCCUUUGCCUCUCUAUUAAUGUGUUUGGACACAGAGCUCUGAGAACAGCCAGCCUCUUCUGCAAUAACCUUUGUGUUCUUUCCCUCCUUGUGCAAUGUGUCGAUGGUCGCCUUUUGGACAGCUGUCAAAUCUGAAGUCUUCCCAUGUUUGUGUAGGCUCAGAACUGGACUGAGAGACCAUUUAAAGCCCUUGCAGGUGUUUUGAGUUAAUCAGCUGAUUAUUUUGUGGCACCAGGUGUCUUCAAAAUGUAACCCUUACACAAUAUUCUAAUUGUGUGACACACGGAAUUUAGGAUUUUCAUUUGUUGCCACUUCAAAUCAUCAAAAUUAAAUGAAAUAAACAUUUGAAUGCAUCAGUCUGUGUGCAAUGAAUAAAUAUAAUGUACAAGUUACACCUUUUGAAUGCAAUUACUGAAAUAAAUCAAGUUUUUCAAAAUAUUCUAAUUUACUGACUUUUACCUGUAUAGUGUAUCUUAGAAUCAUCACUGACGGCGCAUACGGUGUGUGUAUGUGUCAACCAGCUUCAUGAGGAAUACUUUUCCAACAGUCUUGAAGGAGUUCCAACAUAUGCUGAGCACUUGUUGGCUGCUUUUCCUUCACUCUGCGGUCCAACUCAUCCCAAACCAUCUCAAUUGGGUUGAGGUCGGGUGAUUGUGGAGGCCAGGUCUACUGCCAUGUGCGCAUUGCUGCGCUUAUAAAGUGAAGAAAUAGCCUAAUAGUUUAUCAACAUUUUAAGCUAAACGUUCUGAUCUGUUGCGUCAGCCACAUUGCAUAUUUUUUUAUUUUUUAUGCUAGUGUUUGUAUUAAUUUGGGAUCUAUUGCAUCCCACAACUGUCCCAGACUAUGUUUGGAAUAUUUAUUUCUCACACAGAAUAGAAUAGGUCAACAACUAAAUUACAUUAAUAACUCUAAAUUAAGCAUAUAGGAGUACGUAUUUCUUUGUUAACCGCUCAACACAGAAUAGCCGCGUGUGCGCACUCCCUCAAAUCGUUUGGAGAAAAGAUGUAUAUUUUAUUCAGCUUUGUUCAAUUGUAUUCUUCAUACUAUAAAAUAAUGCCACGGAAUUCUAAGCAAAUCUUGUCUGCUAAAUGAACUAGUGUAGCCCACAGCCAUUUGGCAUAGCCGCAUAAGGACAACUCAGAGUAUGCUAUUCUGUUCUUCUGAAAUAGACUGUAUUUUCUUCAUAUCAUACUUCUUAGACCUGUCUAAAAUAGAUAAUGGAUUUAUUGUGAAGUUGUAGGCUAUAUUACAUGGAUUUAUUUGACUUUUUUAAAUGUAGAUGUUAUAAAGGUCAGCAUCAGUGGCUUGUAGGCUAUGUGUGGAAGGCAGGAGAUGCUAAAUGUGUUUAUGUUAAUUAACAGUCAAUUACCGUGAGGCCGACAGUUAUUUGCUUGACAAUCACCGGCUGACAAAAUUUCAUGACCACCAUAGCCCUAUGUGUGACUCAUUACUUUUACAUUAGUGAGCACCAUUAGGCAGCACCUAACUUCAAAUUAUGUCCGUUCUUUAGUUCAUUAUUUCAUUUUUUACAUCCAGCAAACAGUUUAUUUUCAAUGUUUUUAAUUAUACAGUGUACAGGGUCAUUUCAAGUAAUUCAAACCGUUUGACUCUGGCUUCCAUCACUCCUUUUCUUUCCCCGUGACCUUUGACCCUUACGCUAACCUCUGACCUCUUCUUCUGUGGUCCUCCAGGUAGAGAAGGUGAUGCCAGUGGACACCUUCUACUUCUCUAUCAUGCGUGACCCUGUAGCGCUGGCCGAGUCAUCCUACGCCUAUUACAAAGCUGUCGCCCCCGCCUUCAAGAAGGCCAAAGGUACAUCAUGUAGCCAAUCUAGCCUACUGUUUAAUGCUCGUGCAUGUCUGCUGUUCUGUUACUUUUUGGGCCGGAUUCCUGGACACAGGUUAAACCUAGUCCAGGAAUCAAAAUAACUUUCAUUGGAGAUUCUCCAUUGAGCAUGCAUUUUAAAUUCAGGAGUAGGCUUAAUCUGUCUGGGAAAUCAGUUAUUUGUAUAUAUUGAGGUUGUAUGCUGCAAAAUGAAUUGCCUCAUUGAGGACAAUAACGUUUUCUUAAUCUAAUUUUAAUGUAAUCUCUAAUCUAAUUUUAACUUUAAUCUACGGUAAUCUGACAGGCCUGGGAGACUUUGCCGACAACCCCAGGAAGUACUACGACCCUCGUCUCCGUAACAACCACUACGCCCGCAACCUGCUCUGGUUCGACUUCGGCCUGGACCACAACGCCAACUUCUCGACCACACUGGCUCGACGUGGCGAAGCAGCUGUCCGACGCGCCUUCAAACUCAUCUUGGUCUCUGAGCACUUUGACCAAUCCAUGGUAUAUAUACUAUUAUAAUAUAUAAUAAUAAAUGCUAUUUAGCAGACGCUUUUAGCUUUUAUCCAUAGGUGGACCUGAUCCUAGAUCAGCACUCUUACUCUGAGACCCUUUAUAAAUACAGGUCCUGGGAUCAGUUUUUCCUUUUAGAUACAGCGAAUAAGAUUACAUGCACGGACAAGGUGGACCUGAUCUACGCUUAAUGAAUACAGGUCCUGGGGCCAUAUGUAUCAAGCGUCUCAGGGUAGGAGUGCUGAUCUAGGAUACAUUUUGCCUUAGUGAAUAAGAUUACCUGAUCCUAGAUCAGCAUUCUUACUCUGAGAAGCUUUAUGAAUGUGCUGACCUAGGAUAGGUUUUGCCUUUUCGAUACAGUGAAGACGAUUUAAUGGACAAGGUGGACCUGAUCCUAGAUCAGCACUCUCUUACCUACGCUUUAUGAAUACAGGUCCUGCUCCGUCACGCCCUCUGCUGGCCGCUGGACGCCGUCGUCUCCUUCAGCCUCAACGCCCGCCAGCAGAAGCCCAGCGGAGGCAGCUCCUGGGUGGGUAAAGCGGCUGCUGCGCAGCCCCCUGCCCUGGCUCUCACAGACGACCAACGUCUAAAGCUCCGCGAGUGGAACGCCUUGGACUGGCACCUCUACCAGGCCUUCAACCGCUCCUUCUGGAACGAGGUGGAUCGCUUCGGGAGAACCAGGAUGGACCAGGAGGUCGCCCUUCUCCGGACCCGCCGGGAGGUGCUGGCCCGGGCCUGCCUGAGGGACGGCGGGAGACCUGUGGAGGCCAGCCGCAUCCGCGACAAGACCAUCAGGCCCUUCCAGAGCGGCUUGGUGAAGAUCCUGGGAUAUGAGCUCCAGCCUGGGCUGGACAACGCUACCCAUCAGGCCUGUCUGAGGAUGAUCAGGCCGGAGAUCCAGUAUAAAGACCUGCUAGACGCCAGGCAGUUCCCCAGGGCUGCUCCCCAGGCUGCCCAAGCUCAGGCCCCGGCUAUCCCUGCUGGGGGAGCCUACGUGAGGAAAGACCCUUCCUCCCAACUCAGGACAGGAGAGCUGGGGGUGGGGGAAGGAGGAGGACUAGGAGUAGGAGGGAGGACGGGGGAGGACGGGAGUCGGUUAUCUCGUAGUAAUAAUAAUAAUAACCAGACAUUGCUGCGAGGAGGAGGAGGAGGGAAAGGGAGGAUAAGAUAG